AGAGAGAGAACACAAAAAUCAUGGCUCCCACAAAUGAUUAUUUUGAUAAUCCACCAUUCACCGAUUAUUUUUGUGAUUAAUCCACUAAUCGGCAAACAGAUGCUAUUAUACCCUCAUUCGCUUCCAUCUUGAAGUGUUUAAGGCAAUUAGGAUAACAGUACAUUUCACUUUUAAUAAACUUUGCAGCUUGUACCAGGAUUCAUGAUGGAUUUUAUGAUGUUUAUACAUGAUCGUUAAAAUGAAAAUGAAGGCGAUACUCUGGGUUUGAACGUUUUUAGCUGUCGGUAUAAAUGUUAAGUGCACUUUGAAAUGGAACAAAAAAACAACAACUAUCCACAACAAGGCAACUGAGAAUAACCUUUCCGAGAUGCUCGUGUAUCGUGUAAGGCAAGUUCCGUCUCACAGGUUUUGUUCUGGAGAAAUGUUCAACCUUUCAGUCUCAUUUGCAUCAGUUUUGAGAACCACUGUGCUACGAGAUCAGAAAGCAAGAUAUUGCGCAUUGUCAUGUGACGCAGUGGGGGCUCUGAGCAUCAAGCCCUGCCCUCCUCCUAGUGCAGCAGCCUCCUCCUAAUGAUGAAGAUGCCGCUGAGUGCCAACAUGCAAGCAGUCCUGCUACUUUUACCUUUGCUGGCGCCCUCCAAUGCUAUCCUGCCCGAGUUAGUGCACCCAGGAAUUCACCUCAUCCUGGACAAUUCCUCGCAGGAAGAGGAACGCGCAGCAAUCCCUGUGCAGCAAGAGACAAACCUUGCUACAGCAACUGUGCAGCCCACUGAGCUGGACAACCAUAUUGACACUGGCUGCGUCACCGCAGAGGAUUGUGGGAAGGAGAGAUACUGUCUGCACGAGAACCACAAUUCCAGGUGUAAGCCUUGCAAAGGCAUCGACGUGUCCUGCACUGAGGAUGAGGAGUGCUGCAGUGUACACUUGUGUGUUUGGGGUCAGUGCAGUCCAAAUGCAACCAAAGGACAAGCUGGGAGCACGUGUCAGCUUCAGUCACACUGCAGCCCUGACCUCUGCUGUGCCAUCCAUGCAGCCCUGCUCUUCCCAGUCUGCUCUGCUAAACCCAUCGAACGCGAGCGCUGUUUUCCUGCCUCCAACCACCUGACCGAGGAUGACACACCCAGAAAACAUUGUCCUUGUGCUGGGGACCUCCACUGCCAACACCUGGGGCGAGGAUCCAUGUGCCUUCGAGCGGUCGACUCGAGUGAAGAAGGCCUGACAGACAGCCUUUACUCGGCCAUAGACUACAUCCUCUGAAAUGCUGUAUUCACAUUGCAAUUAUGUUUCACCUUGAAUCCUCAGGAACUGUGUUCUCUUCCUGUUUGCAUAAAGCUACACAGCAUGGAAUGUAAAAAUAAAUUGUUGUACUUGCUUACCAGAGUUUUAGAAGUCUUAUCAAACAGGAGAUAGUUGACUGCAUGAGUAGCUCACUUGCCUGGAGGAUUAAAGUCAUCACAGGGCAGGUUAUCAAGUUCAUGAAGAGUUUGCAACCUCACUGGAACUAUGCACUAAAGCUUCACGCACUGUAUGAGCAAUAAAAACGUACUGCACACGG